AUGGACUGUGACCUGACAGAUGGCGAGGGGAAUGAACAGGUUUAUUCAGAAAGCAAUGCUCUCACAGCCAUCAUUUGUCAUGCUUCUCCAUACUACCAUCACCUUCACAUUCAUAUCCACUUCUCCAAAUGGGAUGAAACCAAGUACGAAAAGCUAGGCAAUUUUCUCCUGAGUAACUUCAAAUCCACUCAGAGGAUCAUUGCCGACAGCAAGAAAGAGCUUGAGGAUAUGAAGCAAUUGUCCCCAGACUUCGAACCUGACCGCGACUGUCCACAGUGGCUAGCUGAGGAACGAGAUUAUAUCUUAUCACUUCAAUCCGAACCCACUGACGAGAAAGUCAAGAUCAAUUAUUUGGAAGCUGUUGAGUAUCUUGAACAUGCCAAAGCAACAAUGUAUUAUUGGCAAGUUUCCACCUCCCCAGGAUCACUUGGUCAAAUCGGGCAGCACCAAGCUCAAGCAAAUGAAUCCCUCGAAGCUGCUCGUUCAGCUGUCAAGGCCAUUGAGGCCAGAUCAUCGCUCACUCUCCCCUGGACCCCGAUUCCUCCCAAUGAGCUUGAGCAGCAACAUCACCUUGAGCUUGAGAAAAUCAGUUUGCCAAAAACAGUUACUGACCUCAACUUCCUCUCUGACAUCGUCAUUUUAUGGGGCCGUGAAGACAUGCGGGAGAAACUGUGGUUUAAACGUCAUUUUUAUGAUGCAACGCAUGCCUGGUACAAACUUCAACGUGCUCGUGAGGAGAUUGAGAUCAUCGGGCUGGAAGCUCAUUGGAUAUGGGCUUCCAUACACCAGGAGGAAGCUCACCUGGAUCAGGUCAUCAAGGACACUCAGCUCACCGACCCUGAGCUAUCAAAAUAUAUAUCGCUUAUUUUCGAGAGCCAACUCAACGUGAACCUACACUUGCAUAGCAAGCUAGUACUUCUGGAGAAGCAAGGUGGCACCAGGAUGCUCCUUGUAGCAAUGGGCAAUGUGGGAAGACACAAUGCCAGUGAAGGAGCAGACCUGGCUGGUGGUUCCAUUUCUGACUUGUUACUGAAUGAUGCCCUGGAGGAAUCCCAGGAGACAGUGGCAGACACAGCACAGGAAUUGAAUGCUGCUGUUGACUGGGAGGACGAGAACAAAGAUGUUGAUGGUGAUAACCCUAACUAUCACCAUGUCAUUGGAAGAAUUGUGAACACAUUGGAGAAUAUGGAUUUAGAGGCUAUGUAA